AUGGCACAAACAACAUCCUCAACUAAAGCACAGGCCCAGGCUAAGCUGGCUGAGAAACCGAAAGAACAUCCCUGGGUUUUAGUUGAAGGUAAUGAGGCUGCAGCUACCAUGGCAUAUGCUAUGAGUGAGAUUUCCUUCAUCUACCCUAUCUCCCCAGCAACAUCUAUGGGAGACUACAUGGAUAAAUGGAUGACUGAAGGCAGGCGCAAUCUCCUGGACCAGCCAGUACAUGUUAACAUGAUGCAAUCUGAGGGUGGAGCUGCCGGGGCUCUACACGGUGCUGCUGCAGCAGGAACUCUCAGCAGUACAUUCACUGCAUCCCAAGGUCUCCUGCUUAUGAUCCCAAACAUGUAUCUACUGGCUGGUGAACUUGUUCCAACAGUAUUACACGUUUCAGCCAGGACAGUGUCCAAACAUGCCCUCUCCAUAUUCAAUGACCACUCUGAUGUUAUGGCUUGCAGACAAACAGGGUUUGCAAUGUUAUGCUCUAGCUCAGUGCAAGAGAUUAUGGACUUUGGAGCAGUGGCCCAUAUAUCAAGUAUGAAAUCUAGGCUACCAUUUAUGCACUUCUUUGAUGGUUACCGCACAUCGGCUGAAGUCUCAAAGAUUAAAUCUAUCCCAUAUGAAGAACUCAACAAGAUAUUCCCACAUGAAAUGGUUGACAAACAUCUGAGGAACUUUGCCCUUAAUCCUAACAAGCCUAUGGUCAGAGGUACUGGACAAAGACCAGAUAUAUUCUUCCAAAGCACAGUUGCAGCCAACAAAUUCUAUCAAGCCUGCCCCAACCAUGUUGAAGAAACAUUCCGAGAUAUUGAGAUGCUUACUGGCCGCAAAUACAACCUGUUUGACUACCAUGGCUCUCCUGAUGCCACCAGGGUAGCAGUGUUAAUGGGCUCUGGUGCCAAAACAAUGGAGGAAACAGUGGACUAUUUGAAUUCAAAGGGUGAAAAUGUUGGUGUGAUAACUCCUAGGUUAUUUAGACCAUGGUCAGCUGAGCACUUCCUGAGGGCCCUGCCUAAGUCAGUGGAGCAUGUUGCUGUAUUGGAUCGAACCAGGGAAGAUGGUGCAAUUGGAAUGCCACUAUUCCUAGAUAUAAGUGUCACCCUAUCUGAUGCAGGUCUUCGUAAGAAUGUCACUGGAGGCCAAUAUGGGUUGGCGUCAAAAGAGUUCACACCUGAGAUGUGUAAAGCUGUCUUCGACAACCUCUCUUCAGACAAACCAAAAUCUCGCUAUGUUAUUGGCAUAGAGGAUGAUGUCACUCACACCUCACUGUCCUAUGGGGAGAAGAUCAACACUGUCCCUGAAGGAACCACUCAGUGCCUCUUCUGGGGCUUGGGAACAGAUGGUACAGUUGGAGCCAGUAAGACUGCCAUCAGGACUAUUGGGCUGAAUACUGACUUGAAGGGUCAAGGACACUUUGUGUUUGAUUCCCAUAAAGGAGAUGGUGUGACAGUUUCCCAUGUCAGGUUUGGCCCCUCAGAUAUCAAAUCAGAAUAUGAAAUAUCCGCAAAUGCUGACUAUAUCUCAUGUGCCCAUGCAUCCUAUGUGAACAAGUUUGAUCUUAUCUCCCCACUGAAGGAAGGAGGCAUAUUUGUGCUGAAUACCCCAUUCACCACCUUGGAGGAGAUGGAGAAAAAGCUACCUGAUGCCCUGAAGAAGGAAAUUGCACAGAAGAAAGCCCAGUUCUACAACAUUGAUGCCACUACUAUUGCCCUUGAACUAGGCCUAGGGAAACGUGUCAACAUGGUAAUGCAGGCUGCAUUCUACUUCCUAUCUGGUGUACUCCCUGUUGACCAGGCAAUCAGCUUGUUGAAGGAGAGCAUCAUUAAACAGUAUGGGAAGAAGGGACCCAAGAUGGUUGACAUGAACCAGAGGGCUGUUGAUGCCACAAUUGACAAUCUGAAGAAGAUGGAAUACUCUUCUAGUUGGGCUCAGAUUGGUGAUGUUGUCCCAACUACUCAUGUGUCUCGCGAUGCGCCUGAAUUUAUCAAGAACAUCAUGGACCCAGUGCUGGCACUAGAGGGUGACAAACUCCCAGUGAGUGCUUUUGAACCAGGUGGCUAUCAACCUACCGGAACAACUUUAUUUGAGAAGAGAGGUAUCGCCCCAGCAAUCCCUGUCUGGAUCCCAGACAACUGCACCCAGUGCAACUACUGUACCAUUGUAUGCCCCCAUGCAGUUGUGAGACCCUUCUUACUGGACAAGAGUGAAGUCAAAGGAGCGCCGAAAGGUUAUGAAUCUAGAAAAUCCAAAGGUGGUGCUGAGGUGGCUGGAUUCAAUUACACAAUUCAGAUAUCGCCAUUUGAUUGUACUGGAUGUGAAGUUUGUGUGCAGUCCUGUCCAGAUGAUGCCCUCUACAUGGCUCCAUUCAAGGAGGUCUCUGAUCAGUUCAAGCCACACUGGGACUACUCCAUUGGUCUCCCAGAGAGAUCAGAUGUUGGAGACAAGUUCACAGUGAAGGGAUCCCAGUUCCAGACUCCCCUUAUGGAAUUCUCCGGUGCAUGUGCAGGCUGUGGUGAGACCCCAUAUGUGAAAUUGAUUACUCAGUUGUUUGGUGAUCGUAUGGUGAUUGCUAAUUCAUCUGGAUGCUCCAGUGUAUGGGGAGGUACUUCAACUACCAUCCCAUUCUCUAAGAACUCAGAAGGCAAAGGUCCAGCUUGGGGCAGGUCUCUGUUUGAGGAUACAGCAGAGUAUGGCUUUGGAAUGGUUGUGGCCACCAAGCAGAGAAGAACAAAGUUGAAGAAGGAAAUCACGACAUUGACCGAAACAGAGGAACUACCAGACAAUCUGAAAAAAGCAUUUGGUAACUGGCUGAAAAAUAUUGAUAAUGCUGAGCCAUGUGAGAAAUUUUCAUCUGAGAUUGAAGAUAUUAUUGGAAACAUGGACUUGGACACAAUUAACCCUGCACUGAGACGUAUAUAUGAACAGAGGGACAUGCUCCGCACACAGUCUCACUGGAUCGUUGGAGGAGAUGGAUGGGCCUAUGAUAUUGGUUAUGGGGGUUUAGACCAUGUUCUCUCCAAGGCAGAGAAUGUCAAUAUCCUUGUGCUUGACACUGAAAUGUACUCGAACACAGGAGGACAGGUCUCUAAAGCUACUCAGCUGUCAACUGUAACCAAGUUUGCAUCAUCUGGAAAGCGUCAGAGCAAGAAAGAUCUUGGAAUGAUGGCCAUGAUGUAUGAGAAUGUCUAUGUUGCAUCAGUCGCUCUUGGAGCCAACAUGAACCAGUGUGUGCAGGCAAUGAAGGAGGCAGAGUCAUACAAUGGUACCAGUCUAGUUAUCUGCUAUGCUCCUUGUAUUGAUUGGGGCAUUGAGAUGAAAUACAUGAUGGAUGAAAUGAAGGAUGCUGUUGAUAGUGGAUACUGGUCCCUCUAUAGAUUUGACCCACGUAGAGCAGAACAAGGCAGUAAUCCAUUUACUCUGGACUCAAGGCGCAUCAAGACAGAGCUCCAGGCAUUCUUGAACACAGAAAACAGGUUCCAGCAACUGGUGAGGAUGAACAAAAACCAGGCUAUAGAUUUACAUGCAGAGCUAAGCAAUCUGGCCAAACACAAGCACGAGAAGUUCAAGAAGAUGGCUAUGGAUGAAUAUGAGAUGCUCGACUACCUCAAGGGAACUUUAGGAGAGGAGAUAUCUGGGGACAAGAGCUUGGUCCUCUAUGCUUCUGAGACUGGCAAUGCUGAAGCUCUUUCUAAUGUCUUUGCUCAUGAGCUGAAACGUAGAGGUAUCAGGGCUUCAUGCAUGGCCUUUGAUGACUAUGACUUUGAUGAUCUGCCAAACCAGUCAAGUGUUUACUGUGUCGUGGCUACCUGUGGACAGGGAGAGUUUCCAGCCAACAGCAAGACUUUCUGGGAGCAGAUGAGUAACAAAGAUCUCGCCCCUGAUACUCUUGCCAACACUAAGUUUGCAGUGUUUGGUCUAGGUGACACUGGAUAUGUCUACUACAAUGAAUCAGCCAAACAAUUUGACAAGAGAUUUGAGGAGCUAGGAGCCACCAGGAUCCUAAACAUUGGACUGGGUGAUGAUAAAGAUGAAGAGAAAUAUGAAACUGCAUGGAAUGAGUGGUGCCCUGAGUUAUGGAGUGAGCUAGGAACUCCUGCUCCUCCCCAAGAGCUGCUCCCAGCUUCCUAUUCAGUAUACAUUGACCAGGCUGGCACCAUCCCUGUGGCUGAGGGUCCUAUCUGUGCCCCACCUGGCACCAAACAGUGCCCUAUGCCCAUCAAUAUGCUUCUGAGUCCCCCAGAUUAUGACCGAGAUAUUCGUCAUUAUGAGUUUGACCUGAAAGGAUUAAACAUGCCUUAUGGUGUUGGAGAGUGCCUUGGUAUCUACCCCCACAAUGAUCCUAAACAGGUGGACCAGUUCCUGCAAGAUUAUGGCAUGAGCCCAAAUGCUGUUGUCCAGCUCGAAGACACUACCAACCGUAAAGAACCCUACCCAAGUAUUGUCUCUGCCAAGCAGCUAUUCACAGAGAUCAUUGACAUAUUUGGACGACCCAGCAGGCGAUUCUAUGAAGCACUUGGAAUCUUGUGCAAAGAUGAGAGUGAGAAGAAGAGAAUUGAGUUCCUCUUAAGCAAAGAAGGAAAGGAUGAUUUCCGGGAGCUAGUGAAGGAAACUACAACAUAUGCAGACCUGUUGAAGAUGUUCCCAUCAGCCAAUGUUCCCCUAGAGUACAUCAUAGACUAUAUCCCCAGAAUCAAGCCAAGGCUUUAUUCUAUUGCAUCAUCACAAGAGAUGCAUGGCGAUAGACUACACCUGUGUAUCGUGAAGGAAGACUGGACAACUCCCAGUGGCAAGUACCAAGAGGGGGCAUGUACCAGAUACCUACAACACCUAAGUCUAGAUGGAAAGUUAGAUAGUGUGGCUGGACGCAUCAAUGCUGCAGGCAUCACACUACCCGACACUCAGAAACCUCCUUACAUCAUGGUUGGUCUUGGAACAGGCCUUGCCCCUCUCAGAGCAAUGGUUGAGGAGCGUGAAAUGGCUAGGGUCAGAGGAGAGGAGUGUGGCCAAAUGGCUCUUUUCUUCGGUGCCCGCUACAAGCGUACCGACUACACAUACGGUGAUGAGCUAGAGGAAUACCACAGCAAUGGCAAGGGAGUCCUUACUGUUUUGUCCAAUGCAUUUUCCAGAGACCAGGCUCACAAGAUCUAUGUACAGGAUCGAAUCAAGGAACACCCAGAGGUUGUCUAUGACUACCUUGUAAAGCAGAAGGGAUACUUCUACCUUUGCGGCCCUGCUGGUAACGUCCCUACCGCGGUCAGGAAAGGCGUUUGUGAAGCAUUUGUUUCACAAGGUGGCAUGACUAUGGAACAAGCUGAUAAGUAUAUCACUGAUAUGCAAAUUGAGGGACGCUACAAUAUAGAAGCCUGGUAA